GAAGUGAAGGAACCGUGGGAUCCCCACGGCGACCCAGCCAAAUCCCCACGAUUUCAUCUCCUCCAAACCCAACCGCCGCCGCCGCCGCGCCGCCUGCUCCUCGUCGCCCCGCCAUGCCGCCGCGGAAGCGCCCGCUGGAACCGUCCUCGGGCAUGCCAGCCCAACCGGAUGCCAAGCCCGUCAUUUCUCCGGCCUCCAAAUCCACCUCCGCCCCCGCCCCUGCCCCCGCUCCCGCCUCCGCCCCGGAGAUCCUGCCUGCCUCCAUCCUCAACAACCUCCCGGGGCCGGAGCGGGAGGUCUACAAGCGCAUCUACGAGGCGGGCAACAAGGGAAUGUGGAGCCAGGACAUCCGCUACGCGAUGAAGCUCGCCGCCCCGACUCUCACCAAGCUCACCCGCGCCCUCGUCCAGCGGGGUAUCCUCAAGGAGGUCACCGAUGUCCGCCACCGCGGGAAGAAGGUCUUCAUGGACGCCCGCAUCGAGCCCUCCCCCGAGAUCACCGGCGGAACCUGGUAUCACAACGGCCAGCUCGAUACCGACGCCGUGGCGGCCGUGCGCCGCAGGUGCCUCGACCAGAUUGACAGGCUCGGCGCUGCCACCCCGGACAUGGUCCACAAGGGCGUCGAGAGGGAAGACCCCAGGGCAGGGUACGCUAUCGAUCAGAUCAGGGACAUCCUGCAGACCAUGGCGCUAGACAGGGUGCUGGAGGAGUGCAGGAGCACCGGGGAGGGAGAGUUUAGCGCGGUCAGAGCCGGGAGGGUGUGCUACCGGCGGGGUGGUGCGCCGCAGGGCGGCAUGAUAGAAGGGAUUCCAUGUGGGGUUUGUCCCAGGAUCGACGAGUGCUCGCCGGAUGGGGUCAUCUCGCCAACCACUUGUGUCUACUACAAGAAAUGGCUGCAGAUGGACUUCUAGGCAGUGAGCCCUCUUCGGCAUGUGAAUUGUGCUGGGAUGGAUCGGUGAAUCGUCGUUAGUAUACACUUGUGGGAUUGCUGCUCUUCCGAUCAUAUGGUGUUGUUUUUGAGGUCUAGGAUGUGGUAGUCAUGCCAGGUGCAUACCUUAUUUGAGUAUUUGUACUGAUAAUCAGUUACAGAGCUAUUGUGUAAUGUUUGCACUUUGCAGUUACUUUAGAAGUCUGUCCAAUAACAACAUACCAAAUGCCUAAUGGUACAUAUCUUAAAUGGAUUGAAAAUUUGUCUUG